AUGACAAUCCAACUCGAUAUCUCAUGUCUCUGCAGUGCCAUCACCGAAACACUGAUGGCACGCUCACCCAACGCAGACGGUUCCCAAAACACACCGAGCCCAAUUCCCAUUACCCUCUGCCACUGCAGUAUCUGUCGCCAAACGAGCGGCGUCCUCUGCACGUCCUAUUGUCCCAUAGAGGCACCACUCGAAAAAGUGCGGACUGCCUUGCUGACUGCGUACACCUCAUCGCCGGGCACAAAACGCUACUUUUGCCGUACGUGCGGCUGCCACAUCUUCCGGCGUCGACAGAAGACGACGACGACAGCAGACGAUGCCAACACAGGUUGGGAGGUGGCCACGGGCGUCAUUGCCAACGAGUGGAGCGACCAUGCUGCUGCCAGCGACGGCGACAACCACCCCGUCCUCGAGUACGUCCGCCACGACCAUGUGGACGACACCCAUGACGGAGGGCUGGCCAAAUGGUUGCCGACAGUAGGCGGCAAGCCCAUGGGGGGAUACCCUGGCGCAACGCGCCCUGUCGCAGUCGACCCCGAGCACAACGUCGACCCAUCCACCCGCACCGUCUCUGCCGCCUGCCACUGCGGCGCCGUCCAGUUCGAGGUCCGCCCGCCCGACAUGGACCCUGCCGCCAGUCGUGAACCGCACUCGGGGUUUUCUGACCUGCUCCUGCCGUUUGCCACGACCGACCCUGCCAUCACGGCCAAUCCGGGCGACGUAAAAUGGUGGCUGCGGCCGGCCAAGGACGAUCACUCGCAGACCAGCCGUUGGCUGGCUGGGACCUGUGCGUGCCGAUCGUGCCGGCUGGCGACGGGGUUUGAGAUCCAGACAUGGGCGUUUGUGCCCCGGGCGUGCAUUGUUCUGCAGCCUGGUGGGCAGGUCCUGGCGUUUGGAAACGACAACAACAAAGGAAAAGGAAACACGCCUCCUGCACUUGCUGCCUACCAGUCCAUGCCCGGUGUGGAGCGCAACUUUUGCAAUCGCUGUGGCGCGACUGUCUUUUGGCACGACAUUUGGCGGCCCGACCUUAUUGACAUCAGCGUGGGACUUUUUCGGCCCAAAACAGACGGCAGCACCAAUCGCGGGUCCCGCAUCGAAGAUCUUUUGGAUUGGUGCACCACCCGUGUGAGCUUUGUGGAAGAGGCCUCACGGAAUCGGCACGGCCAGACUGCACUUCGAGGGGCGAGUUUGAUGGACAGUCUGGAAGAAGGGAUGAAAAAAUCAUGCUGA